GACACGUCAACCAAGUCGCUGCGGAGACCUCUCUGUAUCCCGUCCAGCGGCAGCAGCUGUUCUGUCGCCUUUGGAACAUAUUUGUACAAAUCAUGGAGACUCUUUACAGUAUACCUUUUACCGUGCUGGAAUGUCCAAAUAUAAAACUGAAGAAGCCGUCAUGGCUGCACAUGCCUUCUGCUAUGACUGUGUACGCGGUGGUUAUUGUGUCCUACUUUCUCAUCACUGGAGGAAUUAUCUACGAUGUUAUAGUAGAGCCGCCCAGUGUGGGAUCAAUGACUGAUGAACAUGGACACCAGAGGCCAGUUGCCUUUUUGGCAUACAGAGUAAAUGGCCAGUACAUCAUGGAGGGACUGGCCUCCAGUUUCCUGUUCACAAUGGGGGGUCUGGGCUUCAUAAUUCUGGACCGCUCCAAUGCACCAAACAUUCCCAAACUCAACCGCUUCCUGUUGCUUUUCAUCGGUUUUGUCAGUGUACUCCUCAGCUUCUUCAUGGCCAGAGUUUUCAUGCGCAUGAAGCUGCCAGGAUACCUCAUGGGUUAAAGUCACAGACUACACACUUCAACAGAUGAUUUGGAACAGACUGCAGAUGUAAAACCAGUGGUAAAUGAGUCCGGUCCGGAUAAAAGGAAAAGCACUGACCUUGCUUAAGAAAUUAGAUUCCGCUGCACCGAGGGCAUCGUUUUUUUGUGUUCAGUAACUCUCUUUCCUUUCCUUCUCUAUACAUUUCUAAAUUACUGGUGUUGCUUGAUAUUGAACAAAUCUUUAGUGUCGUAAUUGCCAGUUUACAUUGAAUCUGGAAAAUGUAACUUUACUGAUAAAAGCUACAGAUUCAGCAGGUGCCUCAGCCAAUAGAGAGGGAUAAAGGAAAGUAAAUUACCAAACAAUUUUGGGAUGUUAUCACUGCUUUGAAGUCAGGAUUAGCAUUGUAUGAAUCAUAUAGAAGGCAGUCUAAAUAUGGGCUGAGUUGUAUGUUUUUUGUACAGACAUCACUGAAAAUUCCUUGAACGUGUCACAGUUUCAUUUUUGUAUGAGGUGAAAUAAAUCGUCUUUUCAGAG